AUGACUAUCCUCUCUCUUGGUGUGAUGCUGGGAGCACGUCCCAACACGGCGCCGACUUUCCAUGAUGGAAAGAUUUCGCAUAAUCCGGGUCUCAACGUUCCAACGCCCAUUUUCUUUGUCUGUGACUGGCCCAAGACCGGAUACCCGCUUCUCCAAGAAGCUGGAUAUCAGGCGGCCAGAGAACGACCGCACAAUGCAUCUGAAGGUCCUGUGUCUAUAGAAAGUGUCACCCUGACUCUGGAAUCGCACCAUAACUCGACUUUCGAUGUGCGUCAUUGCUAUGGCGACUCGGAGGCAAGGUUCGAUAAGUUCCUCGGGGGGAAGAGCUUUAACGACUGGGUAUCAACUAUCGAUAGGAUGGUACAGGCGAGAACCAUACGGCUCCAGGAGCUGCAGGAGUCAUCAAAUGUAAGAGGUAUACGGCGGGCUCCUAGUAUCUGGACGUCUAUACCAGGCUGCAAAGCUCAAGCGCCUGGUUGUGGGUUCCGCCUCUCAGUUCUCGGAGUCCUGGGUCACCGGGCGGCGGGCGAGGAUAGCACCCGCUGGUCCUCGGACUCUUGGCGCUGGGUGCUUCACCGCAUGGGAUCGGAGGCGCCCACAAUGGCCUGA